AUGCUCAACAUUCGCGACAGAACAACUGAGUUCCAAAGAUCAGUCAUACAGCACAACAAAAGAUCCCACGAAACUACCAAACAUGCAAGUACUUCUGUUCAAAAGUCUCAGUUUCAGCAGCAAGCCUCUUCAAUAGCACAUGAAAUCGCACAAACGGCCCAACUACUGGGAAAACUCGCACAAUUGGCGAAACGGAAGCCAAUGCUGAAUGACAACCCGGUGGAAAUAGCAGAACUCACUUUUGUCAUCAAACGCAAGAUCUACGCGGUUGAGCAAAGCAUGAUGGAACUUGCAAAAAUGGGUGGGAACCAAAACACGACCUCACAACCUGUUCAGCAUACUCGAAAUGUGGUGAAUCUUCUGAAUACCAAGAUGAAGAAUAUUAGCGGAGACUUCAAAAGCGUGCUUGAGCAACGUCAAAAGCUAGAACUCGCCAAUCGUGAUCGCUGGGAACAACUGAGCUCGCAGACACAAUCAGAACAGCAGCAUGUGUACAACAACUCAAAUCCAUUCAUGUCUUCGGUCUUGGAGGAGAAUAAUGAAAACUCGGGCCAGCUUUCAUUGCCACAAGAGUCUCAAAUGCUGCUACUCGAAGAACAAAGCUCUUCUACAUAUUUGCAAGAGCGUAACAGAGCCGUAGAAACCAUCGAAUCUACGAUACAAGAAGUGGGUAAUCUUUUCCAACAGUUAGCCCACAUGGUUCAAGAGCAAGGUGAAGUGAUUCAGAGAAUUGACGCCAAUGUAGAUGACAUUGAUCUCAACAUAUCAGGAGCGCAAAGAGAGCUACUAAAAUACUUUGACCGAGUAAGUAGCAAUCGGUGGUUAGCUGUCAAGAUCUUUGCAGUUCUUUUCGUCUUCUUUCUCGUGUGGGUCUUGGUCAAUUGA